CAUAUUUAGAAUCAUCCCUGAAAGAAAACAAUUCACUGGCUGCUCACAGGCAUUAGGCACCGUCGAUUCAACUUCCCGAUCUUAAGUAUUUCGUUUGUUAUCCCAGGAAAUCACAUAUCGUUUUGAUAAUUCAUUAGCGAAGAGCCUGUAUCGUCAGGCUACUUACUUUCUUUCAAAAUGAGGGCUUUCUGUCUUACAUUGGUUCUUUUGUACUCGAUCGUUGUGGUGGCUGCGAGUUUCCAAGUUGUUGAAAUGUCUAGAGGCAGAAGGCCUGUAGAUCUAGUCGGGGGCAAAGGGCUGCUUGGAGGAUUUUCUUACCAGAAUUACGGGUUGCUUGGUGGUACUGCCCAGAAAGAUGUAGACAAGGCAGCUGCGGAAGCGGUUGAAGCUAUGAACAACGUGAAGAGUGAGGGUCAUAGUAGUAAUACUAUGCCGCUGCUUUUGACAGGAGUUGGACGAAAUGUUGGGACAAAGGUCGUUGCCGGGAUUGUUUAUGACCUGCAGCUGAGUCUUAACAUUGAUGGACAGGCUAAGGUGUGCCAUGUUGAAGUGACACAUCUGUACCCAUGGUUAAACGAAGGAACGUGGUCUGUGAAAACAAAGACAGAAUCCGAUCCAUGUGUAGAGUAUGAAACUCCGGAGAAGACCUCAGCGAGAAGGAAGAGGUCACUGCUUGGAGGUCAAGAAGAGUCUGGAGUUGAGGAGAUGGAAACUCAAAAAGCUGCUAUGUGGGCGGUAGAUCACAUCAACCAAAUGAGCAACUCCCUGUACAGACACGCCUUGCUGCACAUCUCUCAUGUCACAAAGCAGGUCAUCAAUGGCUAUCGUUACCGUAUUUCCCUGACCACAGUGCCCACCAGUUGUCGCAACAAUGGAAAAAACAACCACAAGACACUGAAGGAGUGCCCUGCAAAGGAUGGCGGAAAGGCCCAGAACUGUGAAGUGUCUGUCAUUUUCAGUCUCGGGAAGUAUUCGAUGGAGUCCUUCAAGUGUGAAGCGGCAAAAGACAUGAUUGGUGGAGAUGAUCAUGAUUAUAAACCCCAUGGGAAACUUCUGGGUGGAGAUGAUCAUGAUUAUAAACCCCAUGGGAAACUUCUGGGUGGAGAUGACCAUGAUUAUAAACCCCAUGGGAAACUUCUGGGUGGAGAUGACCAUGAUUACAAACCACAUGGGAAACUUCUGGGUGGAGAUGACCAUGAUUAUAAACCCCAUGGGAAACUUCUGGGUGGAGAUGACCAUGAUUAUAAACCACAUGGGAAACUUCUGGGUGGAGAUGACCAUGAUUAUAAACCCCAUGGGAAACUUCUGGGUGGAGAUGACCAUGAUUAUAAACCACAUGGGAAACUUCUGGGUGGAGAUGACCAUGAUUAUAAAAAACAUGGUGAUGAUGGCAAAGAGUCAAACUUGCUGGGCCAGGACAGGCAUGACUUUAUCCCUCAUGGCAGUCACUGGAACGGUUUUAUGAACAAGAUUCGUGCGCACAAGAAGCCGACAAGGGGGCUCUGGCUUGGCUCUGGCCAUCUACAGGCAGUGCAGCACAUGAGCAUUCUGGGAGGUGACACCCAUGACUAUGUGAACCAUGGAACCUCUGAGUGCGCCAAGUACAAGGAUGAAUUUUUGAAGUUCAAGGCCACUUACAACCGCCUGUACGAAGGCCCUGAAGAGACCCAGAGGUUCCAAGUGUUCUGUGAGAACAUGAAGAAGGUGGAGACGAUCCAGAGUAUGGAAAGAGGGACAGCCAAGUACGGUGUGACUCAGUUUGCUGACCUCUCUGAGGAAGAGUUCAGCAAACAGUACCUUGGCUUGAAACCAACCGCCCCAGUAAGACAGCUGCCCAUGGCCAAGAUCCCAGAUGGACCUAUUCCUGAAAGCUGGGACUGGAGGAAGCAUAAUGCGGUCACUCCCGUCAAGAAUCAGGGUUCCUGUGGCUCUUGCUGGGCAUUCUCCACCACUGGCAACAUCGAGGGUCAGUGGGCCAUUCAAAAGAACAAGCUGGUCUCUCUCUCAGAGCAGGAACUGGUUGACUGUGACAAGUUGGAUGAAGGCUGUAAUGGUGGACUCCCUUCAAAUGCUUAUGAAGCCAUCAUGGGCCUUGGCGGUAUUGAAACGGAAGGAGAAUACAAGUACGAGGGCCGUGAUGACAAAUGCAGGUUUGACAAGUCUGAGGUGGCAGUCAAGCUGACUGGAGCUGUCAACAUUAGCAAGGAUGAAGCAGAAAUUGCUGCCUGGCUGUAUCACAACGGCCCCAUCUCCAUCGGUAUCAAUGCCUUCGCCAUGCAGUUUUACUGGGGUGGCAUUGCUCAUCCCUGGAAAUUCUUCUGCAACCCCAAGAGUCUUGACCAUGGCGUGCUCAUCGUUGGUUAUGGAGUGGAGGAUAAUGAGCCUUACUGGAUCAUCAAGAACAGCUGGGGCCCGAGCUGGGGCAGAGAGGGCUACUACUAUGUUUACCGUGGCGACGGGACUUGCGGCCUCAACACCAUGUGCACCUCUGCUACAGUAGAGUAGGGAGCAUACUCAUCAGUGCCAUGCCUUCAGCUGUUGUUUUUUCGCCCUCUGUGGCUCUGAUUUUUUAUUUAGUUCCUUUUAUGCUUUUCGUUUGUAUAUAUUCAUAAGUGUAUUAUUUUGGCCUUUGUUACUCUGAUUUUCUCUUUCGUUCCUUAAAGUUUUUCAUUUGUAUACAUUCUUAUGUCUUUUAUUUCGCCUUUUGUGGCUCUGAUUUUCUCUUUCGGUUCCUUUAAUGCUUUUAUUUUGUAUAAAUUCAUAUCUUAUUUCUUUUUGAUUUGAUCACUGCUUUUGUCUUAUUCAGAGAUAAGGUGAGUGGGGAAAAAACGUGGGAUGCAAUAGUGAUAUCAUUUCCCCUUAGUGUAUGUGUUUGUCAAGUCCAAAAGAUAGAUUGAAUCCAAUUACAACAUUUUCAAUAUCUGGAUUUUAAAAUGAAGGAAAGGAGAAACUUUGGAAGCGAUAAAUUUUUAUUGUUGUUUUAAUACGAGUUGUCCGGCUCUUGCAACAUAAUAAUAUCAUGUAAGUACCAAAGGCUAGAGAUGUUAGUUGUUUCAAGAGAGUAACAAACACAACAGAGAUGGAGAUAUAAAGACGAUAGAUGUUUGAUGAGAAAGAAAACGCAAAUCACACCAGAGCACCUGUUAAUCACUCAGAAGAAAUGAAUGCUGCUUUUGUAAUUGCCAAAUCUUCUGAGUGAAUGAUGGAGUACAUUGCUUCCUGUUUGCCAGCCAGGUAUAUGGCUCGAAGUUACAAUAUCAAAUUCAGCGACAGUGAAUUUUUGUUAUCCGGAGAAUUAAAAAGUUUGCAGAACUAGCUUUGCAAGACAGUCAAACAUGGAUAAUUUAUCUUUAAGAAAAGCCUGUAGGUUUUGGUUUAAGGCGAGACAUCUACUGUUUGGUUGAUUUGUUGUCAUAUUCGGACCUCAUAAGUUUUCCCAACUGAGCGUUUUGAGAUUAACCCUGUAAGUUCUAUUCUAUCCAUUUUAUCUCUGUGAGGUUUAUCUCACGGUUUGUGAGCUUAGCCUACUAAGCUUUGCAAGCUUAACCAUCUAAGCUCUCUAAGAUUAAGCUCUGAGCUCUGUGAGGUUAAAUCACCAAGCUCAGGUAGUUGAAUCACUAAUUUUAUGGAAUGAUCACUCUUAAUUUGAAGUUCUGAAGAGUCAGAACCAUUGUGUCACUUGUUAAGUCUGAUAUCAAGCUCUCUUGGUCCUGUGGGGACAAGGGAGGAGAUAAGAUGGUGACGUGAUGAGACAUGCACUAAGCCUCAGCUGAAGCUGUUGGCCUCCAAUUGACAGGUGACCCCUGAAGCAGGUGUAUUGGGGGGGGGGGGAGGUGUAAGGGGGUGGACAAGGGACAUUAUGGUAGCCCUGUGGAGUUUCGAGGUUAAGAGGAGAACGGGAUGACUCAUCCCUGGGCUCUAGGAGCUCUAAGGCAUCUGAAUUCAAGGUGAAUAGAAGUGCCCCCCCCCCCGUUCUACAUUGUGUGCUUUGUUUAAGUGAACAGAGUGCAGCAUCAGCUGAUGUCAAUAGCUCGUGUACAAAAAAAGACUUAUGUAGUGGGUGCUUGCAUUUAUUAUGCUCGAGACUUCGGAUAUGGGAUCAGGGUCAUGUGUAUGUCUGCUGGCCUUUGUAGAAUAGUAAGGACAAUACGCAAUGUGGUUCUCUAGCCUGAAAAAACAAAACAAAAAACAAAAGCAUUUCUCUUGAGGCGCAUUGUUCUGCUGGUGAUAGUACAUUCUAUCCACCGUGCUUACAUGAAAAUGAAACGAGCUCGAAUAUUAGAAUUGAUUUAGUUUCUGUUACUAAAAACUGAAUAAUACAAAAGCAAUCUCCUGUUUCAAAGUACCGAUAUUUUUUGUAAUGUAUGUAUCAUGCACAAAAGAUCAGAUGGCAAAGCAUGCCCUAUUGCUUUCUGACUUCUUUAAAAAUUAAGAAUGUUUAUCAAAAUUGUUUUAUGUGAAAACCACUCAUGAAAAUGAUUAUAUUGUCUGUUUUUGUGCGUGUAUAAUACUGUUAUUGCCUGAAUAGUACAGCUGAACUUCUACCUCCAUUUUUAAUCUCAUUUUGAAAUUUUGUUGGUAUUUCUAGCCGUCACGUUUCGUUAAAUUAUACUUGUGCUGCAGUUGGAGAACUUUGCCUUGUGCUGAGAAGUCAGUACAUGUAUAUGAAGCUAAUAAACUCUUCUGUGCUGUUGAAAGGUUUGAGUAACAACAAUCUUUGUUUAAUAACACAAUGAAGCUUUCGUAAGUGGGUUUUUUUUUCACUUUUAUCUGAGAAUUUUUCUUGAAAACAAGAAGUUAAACUUUCCCAUUGAAACAGACGUUGGUCUAUCAAGUGUUGGGUUAUCCUGUUGUCUUAUGUCAGCUGGUACUUCUCAUGGCGGGAUUUCCCACCCACUCCCUUUGUCUUGUUGUUGCUGCUACUGUCGGGGACCACCAAGAGCUCUUGGCCACUGUUACGACCUCAGCUCGGGGAAAAGCUUAUCUCGGUCAACUUCUUCUGUAAUCUCGGUUCACCUCUUCAGUCAUUCAUUCUAAUCUCUCCUCUCAAGAUCUGAAAUUGUUUUUCUGGGUGACUGAUUGUCUCAACCAUUUUAGGCAAAAUUGUUUUUGCACCUGCAAUCUCAAUCAAGUUCCUUAUGUUGUCAAUGUGAGGUAAAAGUUCUUUGAUAAGUAGAUCUGUUGUUUUGGCCCCUGUUCAGAUAAUUCUGCUGUCAGUCUGGUGCACAUAGAAUAUUAUGUCAUCAGAUUUGAAUUUGAGUUUGUUAGUGUCAGCAGUAUUUUUGUUUGUGUACUGUGUCCACAAGUCCCAUCAAUAUAGUGUGUGUCUUUGUUGGGUGUUGUUGUUGUUUUUAAAAUGUCUUAUGACGUAUCAUGUCAUGUAUAGUAUUUAGUAAGAAUAUGCAUACUGCUUCUUCUACUCUGUCAGAUGAGAUUUUUUUGGUUUGUGUUAGUAGAAUUUGUGUGUUUGUCUGUGUUACUUCAUGUGUUCCUGUAAAAGUUCGUGCUUCCCUUAAAUCCCUUUUUAGCUGCUUCUGACCCUUUUUUAAGUUCAGUAUGCCCUGAAGUUUUGAAUUACAAUGCACAAAACGAAAAAAACCUGUGCUGCUAGACAUCAUAUGUUCUAUCUACUGUCAUGUGGUGUGCACUUUUGCCUUGUGGGUUGUCUGGGCUCGUGGGUUCUCUAUUUGUUUUGAUGUCCCAGAUUUUAACAUAUAGGCCUAUAUGGUUUUAAUUACUCAAUGUAUAAAUAUACCAGUCUUUCAUGGCAUUUUGAUUUAGUCAGGGUGUCGUCUUUUGCUCUUCAUUAGUUUGUACAAUGGUCAUGUGGAAAUUGUGUUAAGUAAAUUAUACUUAAUCAUUCACAUAAAUCUUUCUCGGCAGGCAACAGCUGUUUGACAAAAGUAUGUUUUGGAGUACAUGUAUAUUGUCGUUUUCAUGUUUUGCCCCCCGUGCUUUGUUUGGGAGGUGCCUUCUCUGCAUGCAUUUGGAAAAGAGCUAUGGAUUUUCGAAAAUGGUCCAUAUGAAUUUAUCAGGAUAUUUCACGGAAUAAAGAAAGAUCAUUCCAAAUUCA